UGUUUCAUAUAAACAAAUUUAAAACUCAUUCCAAAAAUUAUUAACUCGAAGAGUUUUAAUUUUUGCAUCAUAAAGAAUAUACGUACUCGAAAUCGUAUCAUGCUUCUAUGUAUUGUUUAACAUGACAAACAACUCUGUGAAGAAAAUUUGAAGUUUGACGUGUUCUUUAUUUGUUUAUAAAGAACUAUAAAGAAAUGAAGUGAUAGUGAAAUCUCACUUUUUUUUUUUAGGUGCAUUGGAACAUAAGUAGUACUGCUCAUCUGUUCGAGUACAAGUAUCUCUAUGAUGUUUUCGUCAGGUCUUAGCUGCAAUUUGUCCUUUCCCAGUUGUCUGGGUUAUCCACAGGACAGUGAAGAAUUAAUACCAAAAAUGGCUCGUGAGCCAAUAAUUCUUAAUGUCUAUGAUAUGUAUUGGAUAAAUGAAUAUACAACACCAAUUGGAUUAGGUGUCUUUCAUUCAGGUGUUGAAAUCUAUGGAACAGAAUAUGCAUAUGGAGGCCAUUCUAAACCAAUUUCUGGAAUUUUUGAAAUUACGCCAAGAGUUGCAGAAGAAUUAGGAGAGCAAUUUAGAUAUAGGCAAUCAGUACACAUUGGAUAUACAGACUUUACAGAGGAAGAUGUAACUAGGAUUGUUACAGAAUUAGGGAAAGAUUUUAGAGGUGACCGUUACCAUUUAAUGAAUAAGAAUUGUAAUCACUUUAGUAGCCAACUUACACUUAUUUUAUGUGGCCAAGAAAUACCUGGUUGGGUAAACCGUCUCGCAUAUUUUAGUUCUUGUGUACCAUUUCUUCAACGUUGCCUACCGAAAGAAUGGCUAACACCCGAUGCGCUUCAACAUUCUUUAAGCCAAGUCAGCCAUGAAAGUACGCCUUCUGAAAGAGUUACACCUUUUAGAAAAUUUAUGCAACACACGAGGGAAGUUUAUCAUGACAGUAAAUUUAUCGCCAGGAUCGCGGAAUCCAAGAAACAAAACCGUCGAAACGAGGUACAAAUUUGAUAUUGUACUCUGAAUUCCACUGGUGAUUAGUAAUAGAAAAGGAAUGCCUUUCUUGCAACAUGUCAUCUCUUAAACAUUGGACGGCACUUACAACGUCGCGUGUGUUCUUUGUUGUAUUAUAUGGUUGAAAUUUAAUAGAUAUACAAUUGAUAGAUAAUUAUGUAUAAAUCAAAACUGUAAAGAGACUGGGACGUAUUUAGUUA